AUGAAGUUGCUCAUGAAAUUUGCCCUUCUGGCUCUGGGUGUUUGCGUCUUAGCCAGUGACGCCGACCGUCCCGUCUGCAUUGUGGGAGCUGGCCCUGCGGGACUCAGUGCGGCCGCAGAAUUGGAGCUCAAAGGAUACCGCACGGUGACCUUUGAGAAGCAAAAAGCUGUGGGAGGGAAAUGUCAAGCCGUUUAUGAAAAUUCCACUUUCAGUCCUCUUGGAGCGCUGAUCUUCACGCCCCCGACAUAUCGGGAAUCAAUUAAACUGCUGCUGAAGACUGGAGUGACCUCUGUCCCCUUUGUCUCUGGUGAGAAGUGGCAGUAUAAUGCCUCCAGCGGGUCAAUUUGGGCCAAACCCACUCUACCCCCGCAGGUCACGCAACUCUUCAUGCAAGAAGUGCGGAAAUACAUCGGCUGGUGGAACAAGAACUUUGUUCUCUAUAACAUCGCCCCGGGAUAUCCCCAUGGCAUUCCCCCCGAGCUGACCGUUCCAGCGGCUGAAUGGCUGGCGCGCAACGGCUACCAGACCCUGCAGGCAGCCUUUGUGCAGUCGAUGGUCGCGUACGGGUAUGGGGACUAUCGUCAAGUGCCGAUUGUUUACAUGCUGCAAUACCUGACCCCGUCGGUACUGAUGACGCUCCUCAAAGUCCAACAAGGCAGCACGAUCGAGAUUGCAGACUUCCACCGAGCGUUGCAAAUCUUCGCCGACAAAUCCAUCGCCGGAAAGAUCCAUCUGGACACAACCAUCUCGCAUAUUGAUCGUACCGGCGAGUCCCCCAUAAUCACAUAUUACACCUCAAGCGACAGCACGCCCCAGACUCAGCCCUGCGCGGCACUAGUGCUCGCCUUUCCGCCAACGCUGUCCUCACUUCAAGGUGCUGGCCUCGAUCUAUCCGACGAGGAACAGGAAGUUUUCACACCAGUGGGUACCCACAGCUUUUAUUCCGGCGCUGUGCGCCUCUCCACGCCCCGCGCCAUGACCUUUGGUGCGGCAAGCGCCCACCCAGGCCUUCCCCCCGACGCAACUGGAGACCCUGUGGUGUUCACAAAGCUACACGACGAUCUUGAUAUUGCCAUUACAUCGUCAUGGGGCCCUUAUCGCGGAGAUUUGACGCGAGACCAAGCGUACAAGCGACUGAAGAGCACCCUAUCGGUGUUCAACAAGGACCCGAGAGAUGCAGGUGGGUCUGCUGAGACUGUGAGUGAUGAGGACGUGUUGGCAUUCCAAGAGAACGAGUACUUCCCGCAUUUUGACCCCAAACAGCUGCGUGAGGGAUACUAUGAGCUUUUUGAGGGACUCCAGGGACAGCAACGGACAUAUUAUGCGAGUGGGUUUAACAUGUUCGAGUUGGUGGAGUAUGCGCUGAGGGCAGGGCAGGAUGUAGCGAAGAGGUUUUUCUAG